UCCAGAUUUGAUAGUUAUCCAUUUGUAUGCUAUCAUCUACAUGGUUGAUGACAUAAGAUAAUGAUAGGUUUAAUGUAAACAGCAUAGUAAAAUAUUUAGCCACUGAAGUAUUCAAAGUUAGUAUAGUUCAUAUAUUUCCACCACAUAGCAGGCAAGCAUGAAAUUUGAUGAUAUCUUAAAACACAUCGGUGAGUUUGGAUACUACCAGAAACGGCUCUAUUUGUUACUAUGUUUACCAGCUAUCAGUACGGGGUGCUAUAUGAUGAUGUUGGUCUUUGUUAUGCAUGCGCCAGAUCACAGAUGUCAGAUACCUGGUUUGAACAAUGAUACUUACAAUGUACAGAACCACCAGCAUGCCAGUAUAAUAAACAAAACAAUUCCACCAUCUCAUGAUGAGAUACACAAGUAUGAUCGCUGCCAUUACUACCAGUACAGAAAUAACACCAGAGACAUCGUCAAAUGUUCUAAAUGGGUUUAUGAUACCAACACUUUCCAUGAAACAUUCACUUCAAAGAUGAACUUUGUUUGCGAUGAUGCAAUUAAAACCUCACAUGCACAAAUGAUAUUUUAUGGAGGAGUUCUCGUUGGUGAUGUCUCGUUUGGUAUAUUGUCAGACAAAAUUGGCAGAAAGAAAACAUUUUUGUUAUCAACCGCUAUAACUUUAGUAAUGGCUGUUGCCGUUGCUUUCUCGCAGAGUUUUUUAGUAUUUGUCAUACUUGAGUUUAUGAUUGGUGCUGCACAUCAUGGUGGAUUUAUGAUCUGUUGUGUCAUGAGUUUGGAAUAUGUUGGACCGUCAAAGAGGGUUCUUACUGGUAUUCCUAUACAUAUUUUCUUCGCGUUUGGUAUAAUGUAUAUAGCAUUAAUGGGUUAUCUUCUACGUAACUGGUUUUAUGUACAGCUGGCAGUAGGUGCUCCAUUUGUUGUUUUCUUAUUCUAUUGGUGGAUGAUACCAGAAUCAUCCAGAUGGUUGUUAAGCCAGGGAAAAUACGAUGAUGCUGAAAAAAUUAUACAAAAAAUAGCAAAAGUAAACAAGAAAAAGAUUCCAUCUAGAAUAAUUGAUGAAAAGACACUGGAGACUCCCAAGACGGCUAACGUGUAUCACUUGUUUUCUACCUUAGAAAUGACUAAAAGAACGAUCAUACUUUUAUGGAACUGGAUAGUGAUUGCUAUGGUAUACUAUGGAGUAACCAUGCAUACCGGAGGCAAUAUUGGUGGAAAUUUCUACCUGAACUUUUUUAUACUUGCUAUCGUAGAAGUUCCUGCUAAAUUGCUUGUAAUGGCAACAUUAAACCGCGCUGGAAGAAAAAAGAUCCAUUGUUUCUGUAUGGUUGUUGGAGGCGUCGCCUGUCUGUGUACAAUAUUUACAGUUCUAUACGGAGGGGAUGAACUGCAACCACUGACCCUUACUUUGGCCAUCAUUGGAAAGAUGGGUUCAGCUGCAGCUUUUGCAAUUAUUUAUAUCUAUUCUAUGGAACUUUAUCCUACUGUGGUUCGAAAUAGUGGAAUGGGUUUAAGCUCCUGUAUUGCAAGAAUUGGUGGAAUGGUUGCUCCUUAUGUAGCCCAAUCAGGUGAUGUUGUUGGAGGUAAAUUCGGACAAGCUUUACCAUUAGUUAUAUUUGGUGGUUGUUCAGUUUCUGCGGGACUACUUUGUCUGCUUCUUCCGGAAACUCUUAAUAGGAAAUUACCUGAAACAGUAAGAGAAGCCAAAGAUUUUACAAAAAAAUUAGACCUCGAUGAUACAGAUAAAGAAAACAACAAACUAAAAGAAUACCUCGCCAAUAGUGAAAACGAAAAGGGGAAAAUAUACGCUGUUUCAUCUUGAAAAUUAAAACAAAUAUAUUUAAAGGUCUGAAAGCAUCAAGAUAAAAUGUACG